AUGAUGCCCCAGAAGAAAAAGAGGAGAAAGAAAGACAUCGACUUCCUAGCCCUGUAUGAGGAGGAGCUGCUGAACUAUGCCUCAGAAGACGACGACGACGAGCUGGAACACGAGUACUAUAAGGCCAAAGUGUACGAGGUAGUCAUAGCCACAGGGGACGUGCGUGGCGCAGGGACAGAUGCCAACGUCUUCAUCACCAUUUUCGGCGAGAAUGGACUCUCUCCCAAGCUCCAUCUUACCAGCAAGAGUGAGUCUGCCUUUGAGAAGGCCAACGUCGACGUGUUCCGUGUGAGAACCAACAACGUGGGCCUCAUCUACAAAAUCAGGAUUGAGCAUGACAACACGGGCUUGAACGCCAGCUGGUACCUGGACCGUGUAAUUGUGACGGACAUGAAGCGGCCUCAUCUCCGAUACUACUUCAACUGCAGCAACUGGCUGAGCAAGGUAGAAGGUGACCGACAGUGGUGCCGGGACCUUCUGGCCAGCUUCAACCCCAUGGACAUGCCCAGAGGUAACAAGUAUGAAGUCAAGGUGUACACUGGUGAUGUCAUUGGCGCAGGGACAGAUGCCGACGUUGUCAUCAACAUCUUUGGAGAGUAUGGAGACACAGGGGAACGCAGGCUGGAGAACGAAAAGGACAACUUUGAAAAGGGAGCUGAAGACAAGUUCAUGCUGGAUGCUCCGGAUCUGGGGCAGCUGAUGAAGAUCAAUAUUGGCCACAACAACAAGGGGAGGUCUGCAGGCUGGUUCCUGUCCAAGAUUAUCAUUGAAGAUAUUGGAAACAAAAGAAAAUACGACUUUCCUCUUAAUCGCUGGCUGGCCCUGGAUGAAGAUGAUGGCAAAAUCCAAAGGGAUAUUUUAGUGGGUGGUGCUGAGGCCACAGCGAUUUCAUAUAUUGUCACCAUCUUCACUGGGGAUCUCCGUGGGGCUGGGACCAAAUCCAAAAUCUACAUGGUCAUGUACGGGGCCAGAGGGAAUAAGAACAGCGGGAAAAUCUUCCUCGAGGGUGGUGUGUUUGACCGUGGCCGCACGGACAUCUUCCACGUCGAGCUGGCUGUCCUCCUCAGCCCCCUGAGUCGAGUCUCCAUCGGGCAUGGCAAUGUCGGUGUCAACAGAGGCUGGUACUGCGAGAAGGUGGUUAUUCUGUGUCCCUUCACUGGCAUCCAGCAGACCUUCCCUUGCAGCAACUGGCUGGAUGAGAAGAAGGCGGAUGGACUGAUCGAGAGGCAGCUCUACGAGAUGGUGUCUCUCAGGCAGAAGAGGCUGAAAAAAUUCCCUUGGUCCCUGUGGGUCUGGACGACUGACUUGAAGAAAGCUGGUACCAACUCUCCCAUCUUCAUCCAGAUUUAUGGACAGAAGGGGCGGACGGAUGAGAUUCUCUUGAAUCCCAACAACAAGUGGUUCAAACCGGGCAUAAUUGAGAAGUUUAGGAUUGAGCUCCCAGAUCUCGGCAGGUUUUAUAAGAUCCGGGCAUGGCAUGAUAAAAGGAACCUUGGUUCAGGGUGGCAUUUAGAAAGGAUGACCCUAAUGAAUACUCUGACCAAGGACAAGUACAAUUUCAACUGUAAUCGCUGGCUGGAUGCCAACGAAGAUGACAAUGAGAUUGUGCGGGAGAUGACUGCAGAAGGGCCAGCCGUGCGGAGAAUCAUGGGCAGUAAGUGGCUGGACAAAGAUAAGGAUGACGGGCAGUUGGUGCGAGAGCUGCUGCCCAGUGACAGCAACGCAACACUGAAGAAUUUUCGCUACCACAUCAGCUUGAAGACUGGGGAUGUCUCUGGGGCCAGCACAGAUUCCAGAGUCUACAUCAAACUCUAUGGGGAGAAAUCUGACACCAUCAAGCAAGUUCUUCUUGUCUCUGACAACAAUCUGAAAGACUAUUUUGAACGUGGCCGGGUAGACGAGUUCACCCUGGAGACCCUAAACAUUGGAACUAUCAACCGGCUGAUAAUUGGGCAUGACAGCACUGGCAUGCACGCCAGCUGGUUCCUGGGCAGCGUCCAGAUCCGUGUGCCCCGCCAAGGCAAGCAGUACACCUUCCCGGCCAACCGCUGGCUGGACAAGAGCAAGGCAGAUGGGCGCCUGGAGGUGGAACUCUAUCCCAGUGAGGUCGUGGAGAUCCAGAAAUUGGUCCAUUAUGAGGUUGAGAUUUGGACAGGUGAUGUGGGCGGUGCAGGCACCACUUCCCAAGUCUACAUGCAGAUCUAUGGUGAGGAAGGCAAGACAGAAGUGCUCUUUCUUUCCAGCCGCUCAAAAGUCUUUGAUCGGGCAUCCAAGGACACAUUCCAGCUGGAGGCGGCAGACGUGGGUGAGAUCUUCAAGAUCCGGCUGGGGCACACGGGCGAGGGCUUCGGGCCCAGCUGGUUCGUGGACACGCUGUGGCUGCGGCACCUGGUGGUGAAGGAGGUGGACCUCACGCCUGAGGAGGAGGCCCGGCGGAAGAAGGAAAAGGACAAGCUGCGGCAGCUACUCAAGAAGGAGCGGCUGAAGGCCAAGCUGCAGAGGAAGAAGAAGAAAAAGAAGAAAGGCAGCGACGAGGAGGAUGAAGGGGAGGAGGAGGAGGAGGAGUCUUCCUCAGAGGAGUCCUCCUCUGAAGAGGAGGAGGAAGAGACGGAGGAGGAGGAGGAAGAGGAGGAGUUCGGGCCGGGGAUGCAGGAGGUGAUCGAGGAGUACAAGUUCGAAGCCCACCGCUGGCUGGCCCGCGGCAAGGAGGACAAUGAACUUGUGGUGGAACUGGUGCCCGCGGGGCGGCCGGGCCCUGAGCCCAACACCUACGAGGUCCAGGUGAUCACAGGGAAUGUGCCCAAGGCUGGCACUGAUGCCAACGUCUACCUGACGAUCUAUGGCGAGGAGUACGGAGACACGGGUGAGCGGCCUCUGAAGAAGUCGGACAAGUCCAACAAGUUCGAGCAGGGGCAGACAGAUACCUUUACCAUCCACGCCAUUGACUUGGGGGCUCUGACCAAGAUUCGGAUUCGCCAUGACAAUUCAGGCAACAGACCAGGCUGGUUCCUGGACAGAAUAGACAUCACUGAUGUGAACGAUGAGACCACCUACUACUUCCCGUGCCAGCGCUGGCUGGCGGUGGAGGAGGACGACGGCCAGCUGUCCAGGGAGCUGCUGCCUGUGGAUGAGUCCUAUGUGCUGCCCCCAGAGGAUGAGGAGGGAGGUGCAGACAACAACCCCCUUGACAGCCUUGCCCUGGAGCAGAAAGAUAAAUCUACCACAUUCUCAGUGACCAUAAAGACUGGGGACAAGAAGAAUGCAGGCACAGAUGCCAAUGUCUUCAUCACGCUCUUUGGCACAAAAGACGACACUGGAAUGACCCUCCUCAAGUCCUCCAAAACCAACAGUGACAAGUUUGAAAGGGACAGCAUUGAAAUCUUCACCGUGGAGGCACUGGGCCUGGGAGAUCUGUGGAAAGUCAGGAUCGGGCAUGACAACACAGGCAAGGCUCCAGGCUGGUUUGUAGACUGGGUAGAGGUGGAUGCCCCAUCUCUUGGAAAGUGUAUGACGUUCCCCUGUGGCCGCUGGCUGGCCAAAAACGAAGACGAUGGGACCAUCGCCAGGGACCUCUUCCAUGCGGAGCUCCAGACGAGGCUGUACACACCAUUUGUGCCUUAUGAGAUCACCCUCUACACCAGCGAUGUCUUUGCUGCCGGGACAGACGCCAACAUCUUCAUCGUCAUCUAUGGCUGUGAUGCUGUGUGCACCCAGGAGAAGUACCUGUGCACCAACAAGAGGGAGCAGAAGCUGUUCUUCGAGAGAAAGUCUGCCUCCCGCUUCAUUAUGGAGUUAGAAGACGUGGGUGAGAUCAUUGAGAAAAUCCGGAUUGGCCACGAUAACACGGGCAUCAAUCCCGGCUGGCACUGCUCCCAUGUGGACAUCCGCAGGCUCCUCCCAGAUAAAGAUGGUACGGAGACCUUGACUUUCCCCUGUGAUCGAUGGCUCGCAACCUCGGAAGACGACAAGAAGACUAUUCGAGAGCUGGUCCCUUAUGACAUCUUCACGGAGAAAUACAUGAAAGAUGGGUCCUUGAGACAAGUCUACAAGGAAGUAGAGGAGCCUCUGGAUAUUGUGCUGUACUCAGUGCAGAUCUUCACCGGAAAUGUUCCUGGGGCAGGGACAGACGCCAGGGUCUACAUCACCAUCUACGGAGACCUGGGAGACACCGGGGAGCGGUACCUUGGCAAGUCAGAGAACCGCACCAACAAGUUCGAGAAAGGAACGGCUGACACCUUCAUCAUCGAGGCUGCUGACCUGGGCGUCAUCUACAAGAUCAAGCUCCGCCAUGACAACACCAAGUGGUGUGCAGACUGGUAUGUGGAGAAGGUGGAGAUCUGGAACGACACCAACGAGGACGAGUUCCUGUUCCUGUGCGGGCGCUGGCUGUCCCUGAAGAAGGAGGACGGGCGGCUCGAGAGGCUUUUUUAUGAGAAGGAGUACACUGGGGACCGGAGCAGCAACUGCAGCAGCCCCGCUGACUUCUGGGAGAUCACCCUGAGCUCUAAGAUGGCCGACAUCGACAUUGCCACAGUGACGGGGCCCAUGGCAGACUACGUUCAGGAGGGCCCAGUCAUUCCCUACUAUGUGUCGGUCACCACCGGGAAGCACAAGGAUGCAGCCACCGACAGCCGGGCCUUCGUCCUGUUCAUUGGGGAGGAUGACGAGCGCAGCAACCGCAUCUGGCUGGACUACCCCCGAGGGAAGAGAGGCUUCAACUGCGGCUCCGUGGAGGAGUUCUAUGUGGCAGGCUUGGAUGUGGGUGUCAUCAAGAAAAUAGAGGUGCUCUAUGAAAUGACAGUGUGGACCGGUGAUGUGGUUGGGGGUGGCACUGACUCCAACAUCUUUAUGACACUCUACGGCAUCAAUGGCAGCACAGAGGAAGUGCAGCUGGACAAAAAGAAGGCCAGAUUUGAGCGGGAGCAGAAUGACACCUUCAUCAUGGAGAUCCUGGACAUUGCUCCCUUCACCAAGAUGCGCAUCCGAAUUGACGGCUUGGGUAGCCGGCCUGAGUGGUUCCUGGAAAGGAUCCUCCUAAAGAACAUGAACACUGGAGACCUGACCAUGUUCUACUACGGAGACUGGCUGUCCGUGCGGAAAGGCAAGAAGACGCUGGUGUGUGAGAUGUGUGCAGUCAUCGACGGGGAGGAGAUGAUGGAGUGGACUUCCUACACCGUCUCGGUGAAGACGAGUGACAUCCUGGGAGCAGGCACCGAUGCCAAUGUGUUCAUCAUCAUCUUUGGGGAGAAUGGGGACAGCGGGACCCUGGCCCUGAAGCAGUCGGCCAACUGGAACAAGUUUGAACGGAACAACAUGGACACAUUCAAUUUCUCCGACAUGCUGAGCCUGGGCCAUCUCUGCAAGCUGAGGGUCUGGCACGACAACAAAGGGAUAUUUCCUGGCUGGCACUUGAGCUAUGUUGACGUGAAGGACAACUCCCGCGAUGAGACCUUCCGCUUCCAGUGCGACUGCUGGCUCUCCAAGAGUGAGGGCGACAGGCAGACAGUCCGUGAUUUUGCCUGUGCCAACAACGAGAUCCGUGAUGAGCUGGAGGAGACCACCUACGAGAUCGUCAUAGAAACGGGCAAUGGAGGUGAAACCAGGGAGAAUGUCUGGCUCAUCCUGGAGGGCAGGAAGAAUCGAUCCAAAGAGUUUCUCGUUGAAAAUUCUUCCAGACAGCGGGCCUUCAGGAAGGGGACUACAGACACGUUUGAGUUCGACAGUGUCUUCUUGGGGGACAUUGCUUCCCUCUGCGUGGGCCACCUCGCAAGGGAGGAUCGGUUCAUUCCCAAGAGAGAGCUGGUCUGGCACGUCAAGACCAUCACCAUCACCGAGAUGGAGUACGGCAACGUGUACUUCUUUAACUGUGACUCCCUCAUCCCCCUCAAGAGGAAGAGGAAGUACUUCAGGGUCUUUGAGGUCACCAAGACAACGGAGAGUUUUGCCAGCAAGAUACAGAGCCUGGUGCCAGUCAAGUACGAGGUCAUCGUGACGACGGGCUAUGAACCAGGUGCAGGUACAGAUGCCAACGUCUUCGUGACCAUCUUUGGAGCCAACGGGGACACCGGCAAGCGAGAGCUGAAGCAGAAAAUGCGCAACCUCUUUGAGCGGGGCAGCACCGACCGCUUCUUCCUGGAGACCCUGGAGCUGGGUGAGCUACGCAAGGUGCGGGUGGAACAUGACAGCAGCGGCUACUGCUCGGGCUGGCUGGUGGAGAAGGUGGAAGUCACCAACACCAGCACCGGGGUGGCCACCAUCUUCAACUGUGGCAGGUGGCUGGACAAGAAGCGGGGGGACGGGCUCACCUGGAGGGACCUCUUUCCUUCCGUCUGA